AUGUAUGUGUGUACGGAUAUGCACGAUAUGCCUGCCGGCAAGAAUGUAAAUGCCUACUAUCAGGCAUCGUACAGGGCGCUAAUGGCGCUCCUCGACAAAGGCAAAAAAAAGAUCCAUGUGUGGCUAUGCAAAACGGCCAUGGUCGGAGAAACGGGGGUUGAGUGGCCCGACCCGAGACAGAAUGCCGACCACAUACGCGCGGCAAGUCUUGGACGGCAAGUCGGAACUUCUGGGCUUUCGUCAGAUGGGUUGCGACAGGCUGUUGGAUAG